AUGGCGGGUGACAACGAGGAACACGAGGGCGCCUCCGUCAAGGAGAUCCUCAUCGAGGCCUGCCGCCGCAACAACACCGACCUCUUCAACGAAGUCGUCGCCGACAUCAAGGACGAGGACGAGCUCUCCCGCAUCCUCAACGAGACAACCACCGUCAUGGGAAACCACCUCUACCACGAAGCUGCCUCGCGGGGUAACUAUGAGAUCAUCGACCUCCUCCUCGACCAACCCAACUUCGAAUGCGACCCCGUCAACCGCCUCGAGGGCGACACGCCCCUGCACACCGCCAUCCGCUGGAUCAACUCGGAACCCCCCGCCCAGCGCGAGUUCGGCAACGCCCUCGUCGACAUGAUGCUCGAGGCCGGCUCCAACCCGCGCGUCAAGAACAAGGGCGGCCUCACCGCCCUCCAGCUCGUCGACCCCCGCAACACCGCCCUCCGCGACCUCAUCCAGAAGCACGAGUACGCCUCCCUCAACGCCGGCGACUUCAUCAACGUCGACUCCUCCGCUGCGGCCCCCAAGGGCAAGGCGCCCCCCGUCCCCAACCACGUGGCACCGCCCGUGCAGGACGACGAGAGCGACGAUGACGCCGAGUUCAGUGGGAGCGACGACGAGGAGAGGGCCGAGUGGGAGCGCAGGCGGAAGGAGAGAGCUGCCAGGAGGGGCUGA